AUGACCAAGGUCACAGUUCCAAACGCGGUGCCUGGUGGCUCAAACGAGGCUCCUGUGUUGUUGGACAAAACAGAACCAAGUCCCGAACAAGCAGUCGCAGUUGGCGGAGAUCAUCCAAAGCCUAAAUCUGAACCCUUCAUCAGCAUUGAAGACGGCGUUCACACAAUUCAUGGUGUCGACUGUAUUUGGCACAACAUGUAUUCUGAAUCGACAUUCACCUCGUUCCGCUGGAUUCCUGCCCAUGAAAACAUUGACUCGAUGUUACUCAAGGUGGCUCGCAACGUGGAACAGGGACUCUACUCCAUCAUUAGUCUGAGUGCAUCCAAGCAUUCACUUACUGUAGUUUGCGCUUGCGAGAAGAACUGGGAGGAUUUGCCGGUGGGUUGGUACUGCCGUUAA